AACAUAGUGCUUUCAUUUCUGUCUGCGUAGUAGAUUGAAGUACACGUAGAUUCACAAUAAUAUUCACUGCAAAGUUUGUACUACAUUACUAUUCUCGUCGUUUUUGCGGUAGCGGCUGCACACACCCACUUUGGAUUCAUAUUGUUAAACGCUUCCGUAUCUACAUAAAACACGUUUACCAGCUUGCCUUCUUGUUCUCCUCUGGAUUUUGGUUGUACCCGUGGAUUAUAAUAAUGGCUGAACAGGGUGACAAGCGUCCCGAACUCCCAGAAAACUUUGAGCAGUUGAACGAUUCGGAGAAGAUGUUCUAUACAAAUCUUCACAGGUGGGACUUGGUUGAAAAUGCCAAGUUUGCUGAAAUGACGGAGAGAUAUGAAGAAAUGGUCAACCAUAUGAAGGAUGUAGCCAGGGUAAACGAAGAAUUGUCGGUGGAGGAGAGGAAUCUCUUGUCGGUAGCUUACAAGAAUGUAAUCGGAGCAAGGCGUGCUUCGUGGCGCAUUGUCAGUAGUAUUGAGCAGAAAGACAAAACCAGGGAAGACGACUCUCAAAAGAUAGAGCAGGUCAAAGGUUGCAGAGUUGAGAUUGAGCAAGAACUAACGCAAAUCUGUGAUGACAUUCUUGACCUUCUAGAAAAGUCCCUGAUCCCUAACGCCAAAUCGUCAGAGUCAAAAGUGUUCUACCAUAAAAUGAAGGGAGACUACCACCGCUACCUGGCCGAGUUCUCGCUCGAUUCUAAACGCAAGUCGGCGUCCGAUCAGAGUCUAGCAGCGUACAAAACGGCCGUAGAGAUUGCAGGAAUUGAGUUAACACCCACACACCCCAUUAGGUUGGGUCUGGCACUUAACUUUAGUGUGUUCUACUAUGAGAUCCUGAAUUCCCCGGACCGUGCCUGCCGCCUGGCCAAGACUGCGUUCGACGACGCCAUCGCAGAGCUGGACAACCUCAACGAGGAAAGCUACAAGGAUUCCACUCUCAUCAUGCAGCUCCUGAGGGACAACCUAACGCUCUGGACCUCCGAUAUCAAGAACGAGACAACCGAGAAGCCCGACAUAGAGGACCUUGAAGAGACGCCCCAGACGGAGGCUUCUUAAUCCAAGGUCAAAGGUUACUUGGGCUCAUCUCCAAACACACAGAAAGAAGCAAUGUUAUCUACAGUGCAGUUGUGUGUUUCUUGUUUCACUUUACCAUACUAAUCAACUUAUUUUACCUCCUUUCUAUGUAAACAGCACACAUUUGAUUUUGAAUCCUCACUAACUUUGGAGAGAAAAUACUGGGUAAAAGGAUAUCUGUCAGCAAAAAAAAUAUAUAUAUAUAGAAAUGCACUUGUUUAGGAUUUACACACGAAACAUUGAAAUAAUUUAUUAAGUGUUGUGUGGAUUAUUAGUUGUAGGAACUACACACAUUAAUGAGUUUUCAGAACAGCACAUAUUUAUAACGAGGAAGGAAAAAAUAAACAUCUGUGCACUGUAGUCAUCUAAUGGUUAAAUAGAAGUCUAUGAUUGUGAAAUAUAUACACUUGAAAACGUAAUGUAUACAUAUAUUGUGUAAGAUAUUGUAAUUUUUGAGCUUCGUAUAAACACGUUAGGCAGAGCAAAACAAAAUUUGAAAAAAAAUACCAAAAAAAGGAGAAAAAAAUAUGAAUGUGUAUAUAUUUAGUCUCUCUUAUUAAUCAACUGUUUCAAAACUACGUUCCGUUUUUGAUGCUUGCGAUAACACUAGUUUUUAUUGGCUGGUUUAGAUAUGCCAAUGCUAAAGUGACAUUCUCUCUUUUUCUUUUUUAAAAAUCUUGUGGCACUGUGUGAUGUAUGAUGAUGUAGCUUGACUCUGUACUUCUGCUUUAAAUAUUUUCUAGUUGUUGGAUUUUUGAAAGUGCCAGUGUGGAGUGAGGGGGCUGCAAUCAACAACCCUCCACACUAGGAGGGGGAGAAGAAAAAAAUGAAGGAGGGGGAAAACAGUUUUUGAAGAAAAGAAAAAAUGCUCUGAUGCACAAUUCCAGUGAGAAGUGAUAACUUACGAAAAAGCUUUACUUGAUGAUUCCGAAAAGAUGCUUUAUUUCCUUCCCUAGCUUUUCUCAGCUCUUUCCCCCCAUCCACCCUCCUAUUUGUUUUUAUACAGUACAAAAGAAAAAAAUGGUUCUGUGAAUAUUAUGAGGAUUUUUAAUGAUUUUGGUUGAUAUUUUUAGUUUUCUUUAUUUUUUUUUCCUGUGAAGUCUAUGCGAUCUAUCGUUUUGUUUUUUUCUGUCACUUUCUCUCGUACAUGGUACCCGGUGUGUGUUUAAUUCGUCGGUUGAAGAAAAAAAAGGGGUGCAUUUACAUGGUAUGGAGGCUCCACAGGUCGAAGGUCAGGAUGUCUCUUUGAUAGUGUUAAGUAUGAUGAGAGAUGAUGUGUGGAAAUGAUCUGUGGAAUGAUUGAAGAUAGUAUUUAUGGAGUGCAGACGCCAUUCCCCAUCCCUGGACGUCGUCGUUUUAUGAUGGAAGCGGUAUGUACUAGAAAAUGACCUGGGGCAACUUGGCAACACGGAAGACCCGCAUGUUCCUUCGGCUCGGCGUUUGAAUGGUAUUCGGUCAGCUUCUUCCCUGCAUUUCUGCAUUGAUUUGCAAGACUAGGAUAUGACCUACAGGAAGCACAUGUAAAGGGUCAGUCAAUCAUAGAACUGGAAUGAUAAGACCGAAGUCGGUGUGGGGAUAUUUUUCUUUUGUUUACUUGUACAAGUUGAAUAGUUUUUAACAGCAGUUGUUGUGUUUGGGUAGUUGAGAAAAUUAACCUGGAGUUGCUAGUUGAAUUGCGUAAAAUAAGGUUUUAGUUGUGGCAUUCCUCAAAAACUCACGCCUGCGUUGCUUUCUUUCAGUCCAAAAUCUGUUUCUGAAAUGUCCAUCUCUCAGUCGUUCCAGGGGAUGUUUUCUUCUUGACCCAAAUGUGGGAGAGUGACUGAACGAAGGAAUGAAUGAAUGAAUGAAUGAAUGCAAAGAAAGACCUGUGAAAGAAAUCCCGUAACAAUCGGAGCACCGAGUAACCAACACUCGUUUCUAAGGCAAAUAUUGUGCAUUUUAUUUGUGAAUUGUAACAUCAACUGGUCUAGAACAAUAUGCCUGACAUUUGAUGGGGAAUGACUUGUUCAUGGUGAAAAAUACAGGACUGACAUUCAUUAUUUUUCUUUUCUUGUUUUUCUUUGUGAUGGCUUCAUUGUAGGAAAUUUACCAAGCUCAAGUGUACUGGAGUAAUGUUCAAAAAUUAAAAUGCCAAAAAAAAACAAAAAAAAUGCUGUACACCAUGUACCUAGUGUGUUUUAGGGGAAAAAUUAGAUGUGCUAGUUUUGACUUGCGUGAAUGUAAUGGUUGCUGUUUACAAUUGUACUGAUGGUGUUUAAACUUGUUGAUAUAUUUUCUUCUCUCUAUGAUCUAUGAAAGUUUUGUGUUCUUUAUAUCUGCAACUUGGAUCUUGUUGAUAUUUAAGAUGUUUAGAUUUGCAAACAUGGAAUGAUAACUCGUGGAAACAAAUUUUUCGUCAAGAUUUCACAGAUUCCCUUAUGUAAAGUUGGGCUCUGUUGGCACACGUCUUGAAUUCCCUGCAGAUAUUUUCUACUAACUGCCAUGAAAUAUACUGGCAUAUUGACUGGACUUUGGAAAUGAAUGCUAGUCGCUCCUUUGCCAACUUGUGGGAAUGAGCUUGAUUCAUUACCGCAGAUGAGAUAUGUACUUAGGGUGGGUUUCAUACUUCCCUCCCUCUUUCCUUUCAUAGGGCAAGAGCAAUUUCUUUGAAACAUGUUAGGGGUAUUCCAAGCAGACCCGAAAGGCAAAAUGACCAACGGAGUUGCUAAUCGACUCUCUUCAACUUUUGUGCUAGAGAUGGCCAGACUUUGAAAGCUUAUCCAAAAAAGAUCAUAAUUUGUGUAAGGCUCCCAAUAACUUAGGGAGGGGGUCAAGAGAGAAAGCAUUCAUUUCCACCAUCAUAAAAUAUUCAAUACUAACUUGAUUCAUAUCGGAUGUUUAAAGAAUGAAAAGUUUCUUCAGUGUGUUUUCGAACAUUGUGCGACAAAUGCAACCAUCUUUGUCUUUAAAACGUAUUUCAUAGCAUAAAAUAUGAAUUCAUGAUGUUAUAAAAACCUGGAGGAAAGGAAACUAAUACACCCAUUUGCUCUCCACUUUAAUAAUAAUAUGUAUUCCAGUACAGGCUAACAUGGCUGUAAUGUUAUCUAUUCCAACUUUUCCUUUCUGUUCUUCAAAACCUGAUCACUGUCAAAUAUAUAUAUAUUUGAAGGUAGACCAGUAUUAUUAUAUAGUUCUAUGUAUUUCACACUGGAAAUGGAGGCUAUGUGGAGUUUAUGUAUGUCCUUAUUGUAGUGAAUGUUAUAGACUUAUCCUUGUUUUGCACAUUUAAGAAUAAGAUUGAUUGAUUGAGAAAAAAAACCAAACAAAAUUAUGUAAUGCGUCUACACAAUGUCUGCCUCAAGCUUACAGCGCCUGGUUGAUGGUAAAUUGCUACCACAAUAAAAUGCAGACUUUGAUUCUCAAUGUCUCCCCAUAA